UCCAAGGCACUUGCGAGAAAAGACAACGAUAGCAGUUACAUCUAGAGGCUAUUAUGGAUUGGAGGAUGAAAAGGGAACUGCAUGUACUUCAACCAGGCGUCGGUCAACACCGCGAAGUUUGGCAGGCUUGACAAGUGGAGUGUUUGAAUCUAUAAUGGUUCAAGUUUUGAGACAGGAAGAACAGCUGAGAACAAAAGAAGAGAAAAGGAUCCGGGAGCAGGAACGAAAAGAAGCUGAAGAAGCUAGUCAAAAAGAAAUAGAAGAAUGGGAAAGAAAACUUCUAGCACAAGCAGCUCCAACUUGCAUGGAGACCCUGUGGGAAAUUCCUGCUAUCGGACACUUCCUUUGUUUAGCCCAACAAAUUCUCAAUUUGCCAGAAAUAGUCUUUUACGAACUGGAGCGUUGUCUUCUGAUGCCUCAGUGUAAUGCUUUUCUGUCGAAAAUAAUGACGUCUCUAUUAAGCCCUCCCCACCGCAGACACACCUUGCAUCGACGGCCUGCUCUGCCUUACAGGACCUGGGAAGCAGCACUGAGGCGGAAGGUGCAGCAGUGGUACGCUGCUGUAGGACAGACCGAAAACCCUGACAACUGUGCCGAGAAGCUCGGACUGUGCCCUCAGUUUUUUAAAGUUCUGGGAGAAGUCAGUCCAUUGGAAGAAAAACCUUUUCACGAACUACCUUUUUACCAAAAAGUGUGGCUGCUUAAGGGUCUCUGUGACUUUGUGUAUGAAACACAAAAGGAGGUUCAAGAUGCUGUACUUGGACAGCCCAUCCAUGAAUGCAGGGAAGUCAUCCUUGGCUACGAUUAUUUGGAGAAUGCUUACGUACACUUUCCACAGUUCUGUGGUGCCGAUGUACGAAUUUAUAAACAGAGACCCUUUCAGGCCCCAGAGUUUCCAAUUCCACCCAUUAAAAUACAAAGAGUACCUCGGAUUAAACUGGAGAAGCUGAAGUGUAACUACAUGAGUACAAGUAAUGGAGAACACAGAUGUGGUCAAGAAGGCCUGUCCUCUGCCUUCAAGAAAGAACAGGAAAUCAGUUUUGAUACAGCUUGCUGCCCUGCUGAAAGGUGUUUGGAUAAUCAUGAUAUCUCUGUUGAAAUGGAAGUAAAAUCCAGCUAUGAGAUUAGAAUUCGCAGGCCCUUUGAAAUGAAAAAAACUGGCUAUUGUAAAGAAAAUUUAGAGAAACCAGGGAGUCCAGGGGAAGUUACUGGCUUUGGAGAGCCUCUCAGUCCAGGUGAAGUAAGAUUUAUAGAAAAGCAGGAAAAAUAUGAUGAAGCUUCGAGGAUAAAGACUGAACCCAAUCCAUUAAAAGAAAAUACUCUAAAAUCUUGCCAGAUACAUGUAAAUGGAAGUCACAGUGAUCAUCCAGAAAUUAACUGCCACAAAGUUGUAAGGGACAUUCUAUUAGAGCAGUCACUACAGAGCCACAAGAAACUCAAACUAACUAAAAUGAGGGCAAAAAAGAAGAAAAAGAAAAAAAAGAAAUUGAAAGAUGUUUUGAAUGAAAAUAUACAGAGAAAGCGUGAAAGUCUUCAGUCUCUUGCAUUCAAAUCUUACAAACCUGAGAUCCAGAAUAAGCUAUUGAUCAUCAAAAAGAAAGCAAAGCACAAGAAGCACAAAUCUGGAAAAAAAUCCAUAUCUAAAAAAGCAAUCACAAAGAAGAGGAAAACGGUCACCAAGUCACCUACUGUACCAGAAUUUCAGCUUAUUUGCACUAAUCUUGAUGAACUCAGGGAAUUAAUCACAAAAAUCGAGAAUGAACUCAAAGAUCUGGAAAACAGUAGAAAAAAAUCGGGCAAAUGGUAUCAUCGGAGGCAAGCUGUAAAAGAAUUGCAUAGUACAUUAAUACGUCUCCUAAAUGAAUUACUGCCAUGGGAACCAAAGUUAAUGAAGGCUUUCCAAAGAAACAGGAGCCGCCUAAAGAAAGACUAUGAUGAUUUCCGAAGACAACCCGAUCACGAUAAAUUCACCAGAGAACUGUGGACAACUGAAGAGGGCGAUGGAGAUGUGGGAAAAAGCUCUCCUAAGGGAGAAACCAGUGCCACUGUGGACUCGACAGAACCUCUGGACGUCCUGGAGAAAGAGCACUUUGAUUCAGAUGAUAUGAAAUUGUCAGAAAUAGAUCUUCCUAUGGGCAGAAGCAAGCUGUCGAAAAAGGAAUUGCCUUCUAAGGAUGUACCGAAGACACUGCUGAAAACACUUAAACGACAGUCCAGACAAACUGUUUAUCUGGAUGAUAGCACAAAAGAGCUUUCCCCAAGGAAGAAAGCAAAGCUAAGCACAAGUGAGACAGCAGUUGAGAAUUUGGAAGAUAAUGUGCAGAUUGACUGUCUGAAUGAAUCAAAGCACACAGAGCCAUCGUUUCCAGAGUCAUUUGCCUCACUGGAUUCGGUGCCCGUGUCUCCUCUUCAGAAAGGGACCAAACCCAUUCAGGCCUUGCUUGCAAAGAAUAUUGGGAACAAAGUGACCUUAACAAACCAACUGUCCCCUUCCACAGGCAGAAGUGCUCCUACUGUGGAAAAGCCAGGCAUAUCUCCCCCAGAAGCAAGCCCUAUAAAGCCAGCAUUGACCUGCCACACCAGUGCAAAAGGCCCUUUACAGGUGGUAUACAGGAUGCCCUGUGGCCAGUGGUUGCCAGUAGAUCUUCCUAACAGCUCUGUAAAGAUUCAGAUGCAGCCUGUGGUGGACCCUAAAACAGGAGAAAAAAUCAUGCAGCAGGUUCUUAUUCUGCCUAAGAAUUUUGUGAUCCAGCAUAAAGAAGGAAAAGCCAUUGCGAAAGAAGUGCCAGCACUUCAACAAAAAGGUACAGAACAGCAUCUUUCAUCUUUCCCACAGACCGCAAAUGCAGACGCUUCUUCAGCAUCAGUUCUCAUCAACCCAACAGGAACUGUUUCUGCUGAACUACCUAGCACAGCUUUCAGCAAGACGAUUACUCCUAUGUCAAGUGUGAGUAACACUAGAGCACCGCCCUUGUCGCCGUUAACCUCUGUGAGUAACUUCUUGACGCCACUGGUUAAGGCUAGCCAGAGCGAGACAGGAGCGGUCAAGAAUGCAGUCUCCAUGGCCACAUUCCCACUGCCCAGUGCUUCAUCCCCCGUUUGCUCAGCAGGCCAGCCUCCGUCAUCAGCAGCACCACUAAAUGGCUCUACGCAUCCUGGCAGUUCCCUCAGCUGUUUGACACAACAGAUUGCUGAUUCUUCAGAGGCAAAGCAAGAACUGAAAACGGUGUGUAUAAGAGACUCCCAGUCGAUUCUGGUCAGGACACGAGGUGGGAACACGGGAGUUGUGAAAGUACAGACCAAUCCAGAUCAAAAUUCGCCCGAUACUCUAUCCCCAAGUUCUGUGUUCACAUUUACUCCUCAGCUUCAGGCAUUUCUGGUGCCAAAACCGACGACUUCACCAUCCUCUGAUUUUUCACCGGUAGCUGGAACAACUACUUUAUCUAGUCUCCCACCUUUUGGACAGACAUCAGCUUCUGUUUCCAUCCCAGCUAACUUCAGUUCGUCCUUGGGGAAGAACCUCAGACUUACAUUAGGCCACACCCCUAACAGUGGAAAUUCGGGCCCCAUGGUUGACAAGAUUUCACAUAUGCCCUCUUCUCCCUUGAAGGCCUCUGCUUCUUCUGGCAGUCUAGUACCAUCAACAACAGGUAGUCCAGUAAGCAUAAUUAGCAUAUCAACAGGAAAUUGGGGACAAAACAAUGCCGAAGCUAUUCAUACUCCAACUAAACAGCAACAAGCAGAUUAUAUCACAAAAAGUUACCCUGUUACAAGCUCAGAAGCAGCAGCAGCCACAAGCGGAGACAUGAUCAGUGGGACUCCAGUCCAGAAACUUGUGCUGGUGUCAGCUCCAUCUGUUCUUUCGUCUGGCAGUGCAGCUGCAGUUCACAGGACACCUGCACCAACAUCUACAGGUGUUUCUUCCCAGAAGUUAGUUUUUAUUAAUGCUCCAGUUCCCAGUGGAAUCUCAUCCCCAACUGUUGUUGCAGAACCACUCAAACAGACUCUCCCUCCCCCGCUGAGUAAAACACACGUUAGGGCUCCAGAGCAACCCCAGAUCGUGCUGCUUCCCUCGACAGUGGGAGCGCCUGUAAAAGUAAACUCAUCGCCAACUGUGUCUCAGAUCAAAGAUGUGAAAAUUGGACUGAACAUCGGCCAAGCAAUCAUAAACACUUCAGGUACUGCGCCAGCCAUGCCAUCAGUUAACAUCCUGCAAAAUGUAACCCCACAAGGAGAUGGCAAAGCUAGCAAGGGCUGUAUUCUGCCAUUGUCAGCAAGUGGUAGUUCAAGUCCAGCAAGCGCAAAUUUUGAGAGUCAGAAUAUUAGUCCUGUUAAUGAAUCAGUGGUUUCUGCAGCAAGGGCAGUAAACAUGUUUUCAGUCACUGGAGCAAAUGUUCCUUUGGGUUCCCUUCCAGUGACCUCAGCCUCUGCGUCAGUUGGGACACGGCCUCCUGUUUUAGUGAGUGGAAAUGAUGCCUCUUCAAGAAUGAUGCCUAUGUUGUCAAGUAGGCUUUGCACAUCCAAUCUUGGAAACACCGUGGCUAUAUCAACUGUGAAAACAGGACACCUUGCAUCAUCUGUUCUGAUUUCAACUACACAACCCACAGUGUCUCCCAAAUGUUUAACAUCAGCUUUGCAAAUCCCUGUUACUGUUGUCUUACCUGCACCUGGGACUGCAUCCCCUAAAAUAAUCAACACAGUUCCCCAUUCAGCAACAGUACCAGGAGGUCCACGUUGUAUAUCCCUUUCUAAAAGACAAUCUCGGACUUCUCUCCAGUUUCAGCCGCCAGGGAUUUCAGCUACAGUGCCAAUAAAUGUAAACACAAGUAAACCUCAGACUGAGCUGUCAUCCCUCUCACCAAGUCCGGGUAAAAUAAUUAAUGUUUCCAAUUUUGCCUCUCUGCCAAGCCAGCAGAUGCCCCCCGCCUUGGUAAAAUCCACCCCCAGCUACAGUCCCGCUCCAGUUGGUUCUGCCAUUCACACUGCUGCAGCACCGUCGAACGUGACUAGUCCGGCAGGAAGUCAGUUCAGUGAACCCUGUGUCCAGCAAAAAAUAGUCAUCAGCACCAGUACGCCUUUGGCACCUGGCACUCACAUCAUGAUCAAUGGAACCCGGUUUAUUGUUCCCCCGCAAGGUCUCGGAGCUGGCAGCCAUGUUCUCCUUAUAUCUACUAAUCCAAAAUACGGACCUCCCUUAGUUCUCAACAGUGGCCAAGGCAUUCAGCCGACACUGGUAGAUAACCCUGCCCAGAAGAUCACGCCAGCAUCAAAUAAUUCCUUAAGUGAGCAACCUGUAAAACAUCCUGUAAGAAGCUCUACAAAAAUGGUGAACUCCUUUGGGAAUGCAAGUUCUCUGCCCACAGUACACACAACACCCCAGAUCGCGAACUCAGCAGCUCAAGUUUCUGUUCCACCUCCUGCACCAGCGGUAUCGCUGACGUCCGUAAUUAAGUCCCCUCCGGCUACUCUCUUGGCCAAGGCCUCUUUGGUUUCUGCCGUUUGUUCCAGUAACCCUCCACUGCCAAGCAGCACUUCAGUGCUUCAGUUGGACACCUCUGUCAAAAAAUUGUUGGUUAGCCCAGAAGGAGCCAUUUUGAAUACCGUAGAUGCUCCAGCAUCUAAGGUUUCUUCACUCUCUUCGUCUCUCUCUCAGAUUGUUGUAUCUGCCGGUCGAGAUCCUGCCUCUGUCUUCCCUGUUUUCCAAUCAUCUGGCUUAGAGAAGCCUGACACAGCUGCGUCUUGAAUUUAGACUAAAAGAGCCAGUUUUUAAAUCAUGGGGCAUUGUUUUGACUCUCAUAAGCAUUUUAACUUUAUUAUACUGUUGAGAACAUGCUAUACAUAGUUGUGUGUGUGUAUGCGUGUGCGUGUGCGUGUGCGUGUACAUUCGCUUGCAACAAAGCUUUGUUUUCUAGGGAGGGAGAAAUGUAUUCCAUUUCACUCAUUGCUCAUUGGUAUGAGAAUGUUUUCAGAGGUUCUUUGUUUAAAGUACAUGGCCAGGAUUUACCUGUCUGUAGCAUAAAUUGAACAAAGUGUGACUCGUUUAGAGUAAGCUAGCCAUUUUGCACACUUGCAUCGACAUGUUUUCUCUUGAAUUUGAACUGUUGCAGCCUGUCUAUGACAUGGUAUUCUGUGUCAUUAGUGAAAUCUUAUUUUCGUUUCUGUAAAAAAUAUAUAUAUAUUUAUGCAUUGUGAAAAUGCAGUCCACAGUGUAAAAUUGUACAUAUUCCUAAAUCCCUAACAACCUGUACUAAAUAUAUGUACAAAGAACUAUGCUGUCUUAUUUAUGUUUUGUUUACAUAAUGUAUAGUUUUUUAAGUAUUUUAGUAAUUUUGGACCAGUGAACUGUUAGCAACGAUGCAGAAUAAUCUGCAUGUAAUAAAAUGAGUUGCUGUAUCUCUUGGUUUGAAUACCAUUUUUAAAGUGUGUUCUUGUUCUGUUGAAAGAAUACAUGAUGUAAAUGAAGACAGUCCUUCACAAAAAGGAUUUAAGGCUGGAAAAUUUGAAUUAAUUAGAGGUAGCAUUUGUACAGGGCUUUAUAGUUUACAAAUAUUACUUUCAUGUGUCUCAUCUUAUUUUCACAGUACUCUUGAGAGUUUAACUCAUGUGUUCAAGGUUACCCAGCUAGUAGGUGGUAGAGCCUGUACUCGAAUCUGAUGCUUUAAAUCCUUUUUCCAUGGUUCUGUAUCACUUCUGUUAUAAAACUUCACGCUAGAUCUUCAUUGACCAAAACAAGUGAUUUUUUUUCAAGUCAGUAUAUGUGGUCUCUGUUUAUACACCCCAAGUAUGUUUUUUCAGAUUUUUUAUUUUAAAAUAAUUUUAGAUUCACAGGAAGUUACAAAGAUAGUAUAGAGAGGUCUCAUGUACCCUUUACCUUGUUUCCUCUAGAUGUAUUUCUUUUUAAAUUGAGGUGUAGGUUUAUAGUGACUGAUUUCCAAAAUGGUAUUUAAGUACACGAUUUUUUUUUUUUUAGUUUAGAAUAAAAGUGUUUGUGGACACCUUUAAUUAUAAGUGCUCUUUGCUUUUUUUCCAGUGAGGGAGCAAUUACUUAAAUCUUAUUGUAAAGCAAAUUUUAUGGCUCGCUGACUCUCAGGAUUUGACUUUGUGACUAUUUUGGAAUAUGCCUUGUUUUAAAUAAAAGGUAGAUUUUA